UAGAGCUUAGAGCUACAGGGGAAACAGCCACAAAAAAGUAGAACGGUGAAUAGUUUUAUGUUGUUUCAUUUUUCGUUAUCGUUCUCGCGAAUAGGAUUAUUACGCGUCAGAAACAACUGACAUGGCAGAGUUGUUACUGGAUCCAAAUAUCCGAGGUUGGGUAUUCUUACCUAUAGUAGUGAUCACGUUUCUAGUUGGUAUAAUUCGCCACUAUGUUUCGAUAUUGCUUGCUUCGCAAAAGAAGGUCGAGCUUCAUCAAGUACAAGAUAGCCAAGUCAUGAUACGCUCAAGAUUGCUCCGAGAGAAUGGACAGUAUAUACCGAAAGUAGGUUUUAUGACUAGGAGACAUUUUUUUAACAACGAUGAGACUGGUUAUUUUAAGACUCAGAAGCGUCCUCCUGUCUCUCAAAAUCCUAUGACCGAUCCAAAUAUGAUGACUGAAAUGCUGAAGGGAAAUGUGACUAAUGUCUUGCCUAUGGUACUAAUCGGUGGUUGGAUCAAUUGGAUGUUCUCUGGAUUUGUGACAACUAAAGUGCCAUUUCCAUUAACCCUACGUUUCAAGCCAAUGUUGCAACGGGGUAUAGAAUUAGUUACGCUGGAUGCUGCAUGGGUUUCUUCUGCCUCAUGGUAUUUCCUCAAUGUAUUUGGACUAAGGUCCAUUUAUACACUUGUACUUGGUGAAAAUAAUGCUGCAGAUACUACAAGAGUAGUACAAGAUCAAGUAUCAGGAGCUGCAAUGUCUAUGCCACCUGAUCCAAAAGCAGCAUUCAAGUCUGAAUGGGAAGCAUUGGAAAUUUGUGAACAUAAUUGGGCAUUACAAGGAGUAGAUAUUGAGCUCAUGGGUAUCCAAUCAAAAAUGGACCUAACUGAUAAUAUAUAUCAUCAAGGCAAAGCAAAUUGAUAUUUAAU